AUGUCAAGAAAACGUGAAAGUGGUUGUGAAUAUAGAAAACGAGCAAAGGAAAGAUCAGAAAAAAAUGAGGAACUGGUGAAGAAGAUUCCCAAGAUUGACACCUUUUUACAAAAAGGUGAUAAAAAACAAAAAGUGGACUCGACAGAGCUGAGUGAAAUUCAACAAGAAUUCGAUCAACCUUCAACAAGUGGUAACAACACAUCAAACAAAGCUGAAAGCAUUAUGGAGAUUCCGGAACAAGUGGAAUCUUGUGAAAAUCCGAAAAAAGCUUUUCCAGAAAUUAGCGGCAGUUCAGAUAACUUCAGUGAUGAUCCAGCUCUGUGGGAUGAAAUAACAGAGGAGUUGAGGCAGAAUUUUAUCAAUCGUGGAAUUAAACAAAAUAUUGAUUUAUUAGAUUUUGAAGCUUCAAGAAGGAAUUACAAUGAUCGCGUUCGAUAUUGUUCGAAAGGAUUGUUUAAAACCCGAUUGAAAAAUGCCGAGACUCACACUCGCGAUUUCUUGAUUUACUCUGCCAGCACAGGACGUCUCUACUGUCUGCCAUGCCGUUUAUUCAAUGGAAAAGGUCCAUUUGCAUCUACCGGAUUUAAUGAUUGGAAAAAUCCUAUUACUAUUGAACAGCACGAGAAUUCACAGAAUCACAAAAAUUGUGUCCUAAUUUUACUCCAAAGGCAAAAAGCAGCUGGCCAGGUAGAUGCACUCCAUGUUAAAGAAUACAAGCGGGAAGUACAGUACUGGAGAGAAGUUUUAAAGAGAGUUGUUGCAGCGAUCAAGGCAUUGGCAUCAAGAGGACUUUCAUUCAGGGGUUCGACGGAAGUAUUUGGUAGUCUACAUAAUGGCAAUUAUAUGAUGCUAUUAGAAUUUCUAGCUGAAUUUGACCCUUUUCUUGCUGAUCACAUUGAAAAGCACGGAAAUCAAGGCAGAGGGAACGUCUCUUACUUGUCAUCAUCGAUUUGUGAAGAAAUUAUCCAAAUUAUGGCUACAGAAGUUCUAAAAUCAAUUGAUCAGGAAGUUACAGAAGCCAAAUACUAUUCAAUAAGCGUAGACUCCACACCAGAUAUAACGCAUACCGAUCAACUGGCUUUUAUUACUCGCUAUAAUAAAGAAGACGGAAAACCAGUGGAAAGAUUUUUAGGAUUUAUACCAAAUCCGGGACACAAGGCUGAAGACCUUUAUAACGCUGUUAUUAAGAUGAUGGAGGAGCAUAAUUUCAAUUUUGCGAAUUGUAGAGGUCAAUCCUAUGACAAUGCGGCAAAUAUGUCAGGAAUAUAUAAUGGACUGCAAGCAAAAAUAAAAGAAAUCUCUCCUUUGGCAUAUUGGAUCCCAUGCGCGGCUCAUUCGCUGAACCUCGUCGGAGAACACGCUGCUGGAUCGUGUAAGGCAUCUCGGGAUUUUUCUCACUUCUUCAGGAUAUUUACGUUUUCUUCUCAAUCUCGACUGCUCGCUGGGGGAUACUAA